UUUGUUCUAUUGUUUUGGGGGCCGGUUGAGGGUGGGGAGUGCUUGUGCUCCCGCCGCUGCCUUUUGCAUUGCUUUUGCUCUGCUUUCGCUGGCUGCGUGGCAUGGAGCGUGGGACGGAGUGGCCCAGUUGCUUCUCCGAGUGCCUCGAGCAGCUGGAGGAGGAGCCGAAGGAUCCGGAGAAGGAGUUGCAAGUGACCGCCUGGGUGCACUUCUUCAAGGGCCUCGAGACCCACGUGCGCGCCGCUCUGUCGCCCAACCGGGGCCUCUUCGACCGCUCUGCCUGGCCGGUGCGCUGCGAAGCGGUGCGGCAGCACUGCCGCGAGACACGGGUGGCGAACCACUGCUGCCAGCUGCGCUUGCACUUGGAGGUCUUUGCAGAGUUUCUGGAAAGCCAUGGGCCCUUCAUUCUGGGAGAGCGGAGCUGCUCGGCGGACCUCUAUGGCGCCUGCACCUUGGCGCCCGCCUUGGCCCUCUUGCCACUGGAGCUCCACGAACGGGUCAGCGACUGGCUCCAGAGGUGCUGCUCCGAGCAUCGACUUCUUCGUGGGCACCGUGAGCAGCUCAUGGGCUGGGUAGCGACCGCCAAAUGGUCGCAGGCCGAGGUUUCGCGCUUUCAUCAGGCCAUGGCGCAAGCCGCGAAGAUGGUUCGCAAACCCACCUUGCCUCGUGGCUGCUGUCCCGGCGUCCCGCUGGAGCCCCAUGUGAAGGCCCUUCCAGCGCAGGGAGCGGCAGGCGUCAUUCUGCAGACAUCCAAUUCGGACCUGGCUCCGGAUGCCGGCGCGAACCCAGCAAGGCCUUUCAAUGUUUGGUCCCGCCUCACGAGCUGCGCCUGGCGCUGGGUGCUCGCCUUUGGCCAGUCGGCGCUGCAGACCUCGGCCGCCGAGCUGGGGCUCACCUGGGAACACGGUGAUGGGCAGACCGCCUUGCGACGGAAGACCUGGCGCUGGUUCUAUGCAGGGCCGGCGCUUGAUCCUACAGACCCCGCCUUCGCCGUGGGAAGCGCCAUCGUGGAAGCGCCAGCGCGCAGCUGUCCUGUGGAGGUCACAAAAGGCCUCAAGCCAUCCUUCCAGUUUUGGGACGUUGAGCUCUUGCAUGAGACCUCUGACUACGUGGCAUUGAUGAAGCCUCCGGGCCACGAUGCCUACCACUUCGCCCACGUGGUCAAACAGAAGUUAGGCCUUGGGGGCCGACUUUGCCACCGCUUGGAGACGAACACCAGUGGCCUUCAGCUCAUGGCCAAGUCCUCGAGGGCCUUCGAGGAGUAUCUCGCACAGCGGCGUCAGGGCCAUGUGCUGAUGCAAUACAUCGCGCUGGUGGAGGGAUCUUUGGGCGAGAGGACAUCCUCCCGUCGAGGUCUCAUUGAGGUGCCGCUGCUGCCGUGGCAAGACCAUGGAGGCCGAGAUUUAGGUUCCAUCUGCUGUGCCAAGGAUGGCUUGGCUGCUGGAAGCUCCUACCAGGUGCUGGAGACCUUUGAGGUGCCGGCGGAGGGCCCUGUAAGCUUCUGGGAGCGCAGCCGUUGGUUUAGCCUCGUGCUGAUCACCACCCACAGCGACCGGAUCUACCAGGUCUACGCGCACCUGGCGUUCAUCGGGCACCCGGUGAUUUGCGAUGCAAAGUACAAUGCAGUGAAUUUCGAGGAUGACAGCGCGGUGGCGCCGCGGCCAUUUCUGCACCUCCUGCGCGUCGAGGUUCCGGCCAAGGAAGGCGAUGAGUGCUCCGGGCGCUUUUGCGCCAGCUGCGAGUUGGCGCCGGAUCUGCAGGUGUCUUUGAUGCGCUUGAAGAGCCUGGCGGCGCGUCCGAUCAGAAAGAGUUGGCCCUCCCAGUUUCCAGGCCUCGCCAUGCUGUUGGACGCGCCGACGGCUCCGGCGGACGCCGUUCCGCAGCGGAAGAGCGCGAUCUCCGCGGCGGGACACGAGCAGCUGCUGUCCAGGUGUAUUUGCUGUGGUGAAGUGGAAGCCGCCAAAUGGGUCGAAAGAGUCGAGGUAGAAGUUGAAUGGCUUCAUUGGACUUUGAAGGUGUCGCCCGAAGAGAUACCGGAGGCCACCCGCCCCAGCUGGGGUCUUCGCGGCUGGAUCCCCUUCGAGCUUCGGAACCGCGACCCCGCCCACGAGCCCAACGACCUCCCGGAGCUGUGGCGCGUGCAGGGUUUGCGCUGGUGCUGGGCGCAUGACGGGAAUCGAGUGAAUGGCUGGAUCGAGUUUGGAGAGAAGGGCGAGCUCAGCAGCAAGUGGGGCGCUGGCUUUUGGCGCCUACCGAAAGGGAGCGGUCACGCGCGCUUCCUGGUCGUGGGGAUCAAUACCAUGACGCAUUUGCUGGAGCUCAAGGAGGACACCUUCGAAGUGGUCAUGAAGCGUACGGACGGAGCGCCAGAGGACUGGGAGGCUCCUGCCUUGCGUGAUGCCGAGAACGGUGCCGCACCCUGCUGCGCCACCCGGGGGUGGCCCGCCGGAGCCAAAAAGAAGCUGAACUUGCGCGCGAAUUGCGCACCAGCAGCUGCUGGCGCGAUCAUGUGUCGCCUCUUGGAAGCCUUCAGCCUUUCAGACCGGCUCAAGUGGCUCCCACGGACGACUUGGCUCGUGGAAGGCUUUUCCCUGCUGAUGACGCUCUAUUUCGGUGACAUUUUUCAGCAGUCCUUCUACACCUUGCUCCUUUACAGCUUCGGUGUGACGGACCGCGCCUUCUUGGGGUGUCAGCCCGACAUUGAGCGUGGCAGCUGCGCGGACGCAACGGUAGGCUUUCAUCUCCAGUGUGCGCUCUUCUUCUACACGGUGUUCGUGGUGACCAUCAUCUUGCCGCCCACCCAGAACAUGUUCACCACCAUCGUCAUCGACGCCUUUGCCGCGGAAGGCGACCCCGAGCGCUACGAGAAGAUCUACCAGGCUGAGCAAGGGGGAAUUGAUCCGGGGAUGUGA